UCGCUGAGCCAUAUAUGUAAGAUACGAUCAUUUCAUCUCGUUUCUUCUCUCACUCUCCCUCUCUCGCUCGGAAGAUCAUCGCUGCUCGGCGGUUCAGAAGAAGAAGAGCAGAAACUCCGGCGGACCAAAAACCGGCCGAGCUUAAUCGACAGAUAUGGAUAAUGACAUACAUAAAAGGCUGCUAAGUUCUCAAGCAGAGAACACAAGUGAUGAUCUAAAAGUUAGGGUAUACGAGGAAUCCAGCAAGAUAUGGAGAAUUGCAUUGCCCGGUGUACUCUCGCGGGUGACUUCAUUUGGAAGUAUAAUAGCCACGCAGUCAUUCAUUGGCCACGUCAGCGCGCUUGAUCUUGCUGCUUAUGCCCUUGUUCAAACUCUCAUUGUCCGAUUUGUCAAUGGAAUUUUGUUAGGGAUGUCGAGUGCAACAGAGACUCUAUGUGGGCAAGCAUAUGGAGCUGGGCAGUAUCAUAUGCUGGGAAUUUACUUGCAAAGAUCAUGGAUUGUUGAUUUGGUGACAUUGACAAUCUUUAUUCCGUAUUACUUCUUUGCCACUCCAUUCUUCAAGCUUCUUGGAGAGGAAGAAUCCAUUGCAGAGGCUUCUGGAUAUAUCUCUUUGUGGUUCAUUCCUUUCGUCUACAGCGUAGUAUUUAGCACCACCAUCCAAAUGUAUCUACAAGCACAGCAAAAGAACAUGAUUAUUGCGUGGCUAUCUAUAGCGCAAUUUGUCAUCCACAUUCCACUUUCUUGGUUAUUAGUUUACAAGUUCGAGUUUGGGGUUGCGGGUGCGAUGAUUGCCCUCUCCAUAUCCUCCUGGUUCGUUGUGAUCAGUGAGUUUGUGUACAUAUUUGGAGGCUGGUGCCCAAAUACAUGGAGAGGAUUUACAAUGGAUGCCUUCAAAGAUAUAUUCCCUGUUGUCAAGCUCUCCAUAUCUUCAGGACUUAUGCUUUGUUUGGAGCUAUGGUACUAUGCUAUAUUGGUUUUGCUAGCUGGAUAUAUGAAGAAUGCAGAGGUUGCCAUAUCAGCCUUCUCCAUCAGCAUUAAUGUAUAUGCAUGGUUAUUCAUGAUUAGCUUGGGCUUACUUGGGGGUGUCUGUGUACGCGUUGCGAAUGAACUUGGCAAAGGGGAUGCUAAAGCUACAAUAUUUUCUAUUAAAGUAGCUAUAGGGAAUUCGAUUGUGAUUGGGUUAUUCUUCUUUGUUGUGUGCUUGGUGUUUGGGAACAAAAUUGGAUACAUGUUUACCAACGAGAAGGAGGUUGCAGAUGCUGUGUCGGACCUCUCUAUACUGCUCGCAUUCUCUGUAUUGCUCAAUAGUAUUUAUCCAGUACUGUCAGGUGUGUCGAUUGGAGCAGGUUUACAAACCACAGUAGCAGUUAUAAACCUGGUUUGCUUUUAUGGUGUUGGAAUACCCAUUGGUGCUUUGCUUGGCUAUGUAGCCAAUCUUCAAGUGAAGGGUAUUUGGGUUGGUAUGAUUUUUGGGGUGGUCACUGAGACACUUGCCUUGUGUUAUAUGACAUGGAAAACAAAUUGGGAUAACGAGGUGGCUAAGUCUAAAACACGCCUCAAAAGAUUUUUCUUGAAUUCUGAAGAUUCCAAUCAACCUUCUCAACUAGCUUGAGGUUCAAAAAGUAGAGCAGAAUAUUUAUGAAUACCAUCCUUUCAUUUGGUAUUAUUUAUCAAUUCUCUAGUACUAUUGGCAUUGUGCACUAGUUUAAUUAAUAACCAUGAUGCAGAAUUUCUCGUCAUUUUUAUUUAACUUGUAUUGUGCUUUGAAAUUUUUGUGUUACUCAAUCUAGAGAUAGAGCACUUAUGUGAGAGUUACCAAUUUAUGAAAUUGCUCGGCUAGUAAUUUUAAUUCCAACAUUUGUUGCAA